AUGCUAGGGUUCAGCCACUGUGAACUAAACAUCGCUUUCUUACUAACUUUUAGCAACAGCAAGCUAAGUGCUUCCAGAGCAGUACGGGGUGGACGCUCUUCAUUGCAAGUUCUUCUUGAUCGUCUCUGUCAACUGGUUCCUUGGCCCGGCCAACCUGGUCACUCUGCUCGCUUUGAUCUGGCGGAUCGGAGUAGAUCUUCGCGCCCCAUCGGACAGUCCGGUGCUGGAAGUUGCAGUAUUGGUGGACAACCCGUCCGACUGUCACAGGAACCGCCCCAGCUGCCUCUGAUAAUCGCUUUCGCUCGUGACUUUCAGCUAGUUGAGCCAGCCAUUGCCUUUUCUAAUGCACAGACUCGGGCCGGCCAAACUGACGCCAAUGGUACCGUGUCUGCACAGCCAGGCACUAUACCUUCAUCUGCUUGUCCUCUUACGCUAUCAACUUCUCUUGGUCUGCCUUUAUCUAGUUUGGUGCAUACGCAUCUCGUAGCUCUAUUUACAUCAACAGCUGAGGUUGCCGGCCGUCCACACCAAACGUCUCCUCGACAGCCAGCUUCAACCAUAGGUCUCUCGAAGCUUGUCGGCACGAACUCACAAGACCCCCUGGCUAGGCAGGCAAGCCUACCGACUAAUGCUGCGCCACAACAGCAGCAACAUAUGUUGUCUUCUACAUAUCUCGAGCCGGGGUGCCAAAAUGUUUGGUAUUCAGCACUGAAGACAUCUGCCUCAGCGAUCGACAGACACAAGAUGACCAGCAAAGUCGACAGCUACUCAGCCCAUUCGGAGCUCUCGUUAUACCGAAAGCAUGUUUAUCGAGUUCUUGAGCGUGCUGCCUCUGUCGUCCAGGUGGUUCACAGUACUCUCCUUCAACUCGUCGAUUCAACGAACUCCAUCUCAGUGAUACCUUCUGCUUGGUUCGAGUUCAAAUUGGUGCUCGAUGAGCUCUGGAAUACUGUGAUUUCUCCCUACGAUUACGAACAACUCGCCUUUAUUUUCAAUACUCUUGAAAACAUUGACUCGACUUGUUGCUUAUUUAAAGUAGGCUUUCAUUUGAGCAUGGUGUACAUACAAAAUAAUUUUAUUAAAGGAACGCAGUAA